AUGAUUUAUAAUGCAUCAUUUCUUGCUGAUCCUUCAACACGUCUUGAAACAAAUGGAGAUGGAGAAUUGAUACCUCAACGCCGAGAACGUUAUGUAUUCAGACCGAUACUGAUUCGAAUAUUGGAAAGCUUCUUUGCGCAAACACCAUUCCCAGAUUUGAAUAGACGUAUCGAAAUUGCAACUGCUUGUAAUCAGGCACUUCAAAUUGACAAAAAAGGUGUCGGGUUAACUCCAAAAGAAGUUGUAUCACCUCAAGUAGUUGCUAAUUGGUUUGCAAAUAAAAGGAAAGAGAUAAGACGUCGUUCAAAUGAAGAAGGAGCAGAAGCUAAUGCAGCAAAUGUUAACUCUCAAAUGAGUUCAUCAGAUGUUCCAUUAACUCCAUCUCCGUCAGCAUCAAACACUCCUAUGGAAUGCGAACGUAGUGGAGAUGAACGGGCUAUAACAGCUUCUGUACCACUUUCAGCGCUUGCUGCACAAUCAGAUGGUAGUCCUUCAGAAUCUAACUCAGCUCCACCGUCUGUAAGUACAGCAAAUGAUGAUGGCAACAAUUCCAUAUCGGCAGAUCUCGGUGAAGCUCCAGAAGUUAGCUCUCCUGAUCAGUGUUUGGCAGAUAUUCAAAGUCAAUUGGAAAUUGUCAACAAUUCAGUGUUAGCGUUGGUGAAUCCAUAUUCGAACUCGAUUCAUCAAUCGGUGAUUAAGAUGGAGCAAACAGCAAAAUAA